CUCUGCUUGUCGCCAUGGCCCCCGCACUGCUCCUGGUCUCCGCUGCCCUCGCCUCUUUCAUCCUGGCCUUUGGCACCGGGGUGGAGUUCGUGCGCUUUACUUCCCUUCGGCCACUUCUUGGAGGGAUCCCGGAGUCUGCUGGUCCGGAUGCCCACCAGGGAUGGCUGGCUGCCCUACAGGACCAAAGUAUCCUUGUCCCCCUGGCUUGGGAUCUAGGGCUCCUGCUAUUAUUUGUAGGGCAGCACAGCCUCAUGGCAACUGAGACAGUGAAGGCAUGGAUGUCCCGGUACUUUGGGGUCCUUCAGCGGUCACUGUAUGUGGCAUGUACUGCCCUGGCCUUGCAGCUGGUGAUGCGGUCCUGGGAGCCCAUAUCCAGAGGCCCUGUGUUGUGGGCAGCUCAGGCAGAGCCAUGGGCCACCUGGGUGCCACUCCUCUGCUUUGUGCUCCAUGUCAUUUCCUGGCUCCUCAUCUUCAGCAUUCUUCUCGUCUUUGACUAUGCCGAGCUCAUGGGCCUCAAACAGGUGUACUAUCAUGUGCUGGGGCUGGGGGAGCCUCUGGCCCUGAAGUCUCCUCGGGCUCUGAGACUCUUCUCUCACCUGCGCCACCCAGUGUGUGUGGAGCUGCUGACAGUGCUAUGGGUGGUGCCUACCCUGGGCACUGACCGCCUCCUCCUUGCUCUCCUCCUUACCCUCUACCUGGGCUUGGCUCAUGGGCUUGACCAGCAAGACCUCCGCUACCUCCGGGCCCAGCUGCAAAGAAAACUUCGUCUGCUUUCUCGGCCCCAGGAUGGGGAGGCAGAGUGAGGAGCAAACCCUGGUUCCAAACCCCAUACUUCUCCCUCAACAUCCCAAUCAGUUAACUUCCAGACCCUGGCAGCUUCAGACCAGAGGCCCAAUUCUAAAGCUGAAGGGGCUAUCCCUUCCCCUGAUUGAGCCACCACUUCCAGGGUCCAGCUCCACAUCCUACAUUCUGAGUUUCAGCUACUGGACUCCAAGGUCUAUUUCUCACCAGCCAGGAAGAGGGGUGGCGAAUUUAUCUGCCUCCUUAUAGUUUAAGGCUUGACCCCCUCCCCACCACCUCCCACCUAACAACCUCCUCAUAGGGACAUGGGUCUAGCCAGACCACUCCCUGGCACUGUUACUUCCCUCUGAGCCUCAGGGAUCUAACCCCCACUCCCCUGCCCCCGCUGCACCUCCUUAGGCCCAGGGACCUCCUUAGGCCCAGCCCCCGGGCUUGGUCCUGCAACUUCGUUGAGAGGAUCCUCUCACUCUGAAUUCGGGUGUCUAAGGGUUCCCUGGUUCCCACCUGUUGGAAGGAACACGUGCUGCAGCAUAAUAAAAUUCAGCCAAAUUUUUAAACAAAA